AUGGAGCUGCCAUGGGUGCUGCUGGCGCUGGCUGGGACGGGCGUAGCCGCGGACCUGGCCCGGCUGCCCUACGUGCCCCACGUGCCCCCCAUGGCACUGCUGGGCAAGGUCACCGCCACCACCUUCGCGCUGGAGAGGCCCCGCUGCGUCUUCGACGGCCACGCCGAUGCCUCCGACGCCGUUUGGCUGGCGGUGGCCUUUGCCAACGCCGCUCACCCGCCACCUGUGCCGUCAGCAUCAGGCGCCUUCAGAAACCCCCAGUCCCAGGCUGAGGUGCCCCCGUACAAGGAGCUGCCCACUGCCCGCUCCUACAUGACGCUGGAGACGGCGGCGGCCGCGUAUUCCUGCUCGGCGCAGAGCCCGCCCGUCCUGCGGGUCGGGGGUGACACGGCCUGCAGGGAGCAGGGCAGACAGGACCCCUGCAAUGGGCCCCUGCCCUCCCCGGGACCCUACAGGGUGAAGUUCCUGCUGAUGGGCUGCCGCGGCCCCAAAGCGGAGACGCUCUGGUCCGAGCCCAUCCUCCUGCGCACAGCCCUCAGCCCGAGCACCAUCGACCCCGCUCCCGCUCGCCCUGGCAGCGCCCUGGUGGUGAUCGCCUCCAUCCUGGCCAGCCUGGGGGCCGUGCUGGCCACCGCCGUGCUCGGAGCCCUGGGUGCCAAGGUGUGGGGCUCCCUGUGCCACCAGGGCUUGGGGACUGACACCUUCAUCCGCAGAUCCUACCGGACCCACCACAUCCCCCCGGCCCUGCCCCAGCCCCUGCCCCCCGGCUGCGGGUGUAGCCCCCCGGGGCUGUGCCAGUCUGCCCCCCAAUCCCCUGCUCCGUGUCAGAGAAUCAUGGAACAGUUUGGGUUGGACGGGACCAUAAAGGGACCACCUCGGUUCAACCCCCCUGCCACAGGCAGGGACAGCUUCAACUAG